AGCAGUCGACAGACAUCCUGUACAACAGUGAAGAUAGUGAAACACAUGUUAUGUGCUUUCGUUGUCUGUAUUUCCCCAGAUUUUUGACGAUAUCACCGGGACCUCUUUUUCCAGUCUGGACUCUGGAGCAGUGGCAUCAUUGGCUCAUCUCCGCUUUUUCGUCGCAAAAUUGUCCACAUGUUUUUGUCCCUUUCCUUGAAGAUGAAGUAACGUUCAGAGCAUUGGAUACUUUGUGGUGUUGGCUUGAUACUGAAAGUUCCAGCUAGACGCGCGGCAUUGAUAUAUUUGGUGAUACCUCUUAUCUGCAUUUCUAUCUACUUAUCCGCUUUCCACCAUGUACCUUCGUCCCUACAUCCCUACCGCAUUCUGAUUCGUCCCUUAAACCUGUCAUCCGCAUCGGCUUGUGUUCCGUCCUUCCAGCUUUUCUCCACAGCCUUUAUUAGACGCAGAGACCUGGCCUGUGUGAAAGUAAACCACUGCACCUCGGUGAAAGUUACAAAGCUAGGUCUAUCUUAAUACCCUCCCCACGAUUUCCUGAACAUGUCACAGCCUGUAGUGGGUGCGUUUGAGGGCUCAAGGGAUGUAAAGAGUUAUUCGACAACAGAGCGAGACACCACAAACCAUAAACCAUGUAAAAGUUCUGAUAGGACCCUACCGAGUUCCAAAAUAUUUCCUAAAACCGUCCAGCACCUACGUCUCGAUCAGCAUGCCCGUACAAGAUCCGCCACAGUUCUUUCUACUACUCCUUCUCCUCUCGCACAUACCCAUUCAGGCCGGAAUAGAGCGUCAUCAUCUACCAGUCCAUUAAAUGCCGGUUCUUGCAGAAGCCGGCUCUAUUCUUUCACAAGUCUUGGUUCAGGUUCCGUACCCAAAGCCGAUGCUGUCAAACCUGUAGCAGUAGGCGCAGACGAGACCAUCGGCUCUUUCACCCCCACAAGUUGCCCUAGACAACAUUUGCAUUCACUACUAGGGGAUGCCUCGCCUAAAAGUCGCUUGAGAGACGCUACAAGGCGACUGAACAUCAGUACCAACGCCUUACUUCCAAGGAGGCCGUCUGAGUUCUUUGCUGAAGACUCUGCGCGGUCUUUAUCGCCUCCGGACUCACCCAUACCUUCCAUAUGUCGUACUCCAUCGUCUUGCACCGACUCGGAAUAUUUCCCUACUGCCCCUUCGUCCGCGGGUCCUCUCACACCCGUUCAUUCUACGGACUCCUCGCCUCAUGCGCGUAAACACGCUCUCCAAUCAUCAGAAGUUUUGGAAGCAUUGGAGGCAAGGUCGAGAUUCUGCCUACGCACGUCUUGCGCUACAUGCCAUAGACCAGGCACAAAUUUCCCUUGUUGUCCCCGUUGCGGAGAGAUGUGGUGUUCGAGGGAAUGCAGGUUGCAAAGUGGUAAUGGAAAACGACAUAUUUGCGCGGGAGCUCGUUGAAUGUUGUAUGUCCUCUUCUAACCCCCAAUAGUUUCUCGAAUCAUCUUAUCUUGACCUUCCUAUAUCUCUUCUCCAUUUUCUUCAUUGCUCUUGUAUAUCUCCAGGAUGGAUCGUAGUAUUCUAGAUCUUCUCUCAUGCAUAUCUCGCUAGCUAUCCUUCGUACUGUUGUUUUCCAGUGUAUAUUCUGAAUCUCACCUCGAAUCAUUACAUAUGUUGUCAAUAUACAAAUAUUCAAGAUUGCAUUGAACCAC